UUAGCAAACUCUUUGCAUUAUCCUAAGAAGAUAAACCAUCUCUUAUAUUUAUUUACUAGUAGUUGCCUCGAAGAAAUUAAGGUUCCUUUGGUUGCUAUCUCGUCCCUUAAUUAGCGUGUACGCGUGUGUCUCUUAACUCAACGAUGACGAAACUGAAAGAGCUGAUAGGGAUAAUGAAGGACAAAGCCUCGCAGGGCAAAGCCGCGAUCCUCUCCAAGCGCGCCACUCUCUCUCUCCUCCGCGCCACCAGCCACGACUCCUACGCCCCUCCCACGUGCGACCACAUCUCCAUGCUCCUCUCCUCCGGCGACGGCUCACGCGCCACUUCCUCCGCCGCCGUCCACCUUCUCACCCACCGCCUCCAGACCACCCAGAGCUCCGCCGUGGCGCUGAAGUGCCUGAUCGUGGUGCACCACGUGAUCAAGCGCGGCAGCUUCAUCAUGAGGGACCAGCUUCCGUACAGCGGCGGCGGCAGGAACUACCUUAACCUCUCCAAAUUCAGAGACAAGAGCAACCCCGUGUGCUGGGAACUCUCUUCUUGGGUACGAUGGUACGCUAAACACGUGGAACAGCUUCUCUGGGCUUCCAGAAUUGUCGGGUUCUUACCGACGGAAAAAGAGAGAGUUUCGGGUCUCACCAACGGGGAGUUAUUGAGAGAGACGGAGGCUUUGUUAACGGUUCUUGAAGGGAUUGGGAACAUACCCGACGCUGCAUCCAUGGAAGGGAAUAAAUUAGUUUCUGAAAUAGCGACUUUGGUGGAAGAAGAUGGGGUUGCAACGUUGAGUGAGGUUUUUGUUAGAGUUAACGAGUUCAGAGAGAGAUUGGCCAUGGGGUGUCUCGGUUUUGGAGAAGUGGUGGAAUUGGUUUACGUGUUGAAUAGAUUGGACAGGUGUAAAGAGAUAUUGGUGAUGGUGGUGAUCACGGAGAAGCAGAGAUUGUGGGAUUUAGUGAGAGAAUUGAAGGUGAAGGUAGAGAAGAUGGAGGUGUACAGGGAAGAAGGGAAAAGAACGCUGACAACACACAGGGCAACAAAGUCUGACAGGUUUGCUCUCACGUUUCUCAAUUCCGUUGAUUUGGGACGGUUUCCCUCUGCAAGGUUCUUGUGAUAUUUUGUAAGUAUCUUACCACUGUUUUUAAAAUAUUGAUUGAGGAAGUAAAAGAAAAAAAAUAUUUAUUAGUAAAUU